AUGCGUACAUCAGAUACUAAACGAGCCUAUGUUCUAGCAAAUUUAACAGAUCGUGUAGCACAAUUUACAUUAUAUCAAGGUUUAUCAUCAUCACAACUUGUUUUAACAAAUUUACUUGAACCAGUAUCUGAACAUAAGGACGAAAAAUCAUUCAAAUUUCAUCCUUAUGAGAUUCGUGUAUAUAUAAUCGAUCGCAAAGAAGAAUUGAAUCAUCAUGAACGAAAGCAACAUGCUAUUGAUCAGUCUGAAAAUCUAAAAUCAAUACUGUUAACUGUAACAAAAGGAAAAGAUAAUACGAAUGAAUCAUUAACAAAAGAGCAAAAAGUAGCUUUACAAAAACUGGAACAGAUGUCUCAUAAUGCUUUACAUCAAUCAGAACAAAGUCAAAAGGAUAUUAUAUCAGCAUUAACAGAGGCAACAGCAAAGGCUUUAUCUGGAACACAAACAUCAAAACAGCAAACAAAACAUAAAUCACCUUCAAUAUCAAUAGACCAAGAGAAGGCCAUACCAGCAGAUAGUGCGGAAAUUGAUCUUGAAAAUGAACCCAUAUAUAAGAAACGAGAACGACAACGAUCACUUGUACUUAAUCUUGGAAGUAUAGCACCUGUUGUGCAAACUGAUCCAAGUCCAGUUGAUCAACGUCGUCGAUCAUUUUCUACUCUAAUACCUGAAAGGUCAAGAAGACCAAGUUUUAUAGGUCACCAUGUUGAUAAUUCAUCGGAUGAAGAUGAUGAUAGAAAGAAAACAACAACAAAUGAGCUCGAAGAAGAAUCAACUGAUCUAAGUACAAGAGAUAUUGAUUAUUCUGUUUUAUAUGAUGAUACAAUCGAAGAUUAUAGUUUUACAAGUGCACGUAAACCAGCCCAAAAAGAAACUUUGCAUGACCAACAAGAAAUAAUGUUACAACAAGUCAAAGAACAAGAAUAA